UUUCUCCUGCCCCCUUGUGUCCGAGCCUCUGGGACCACCAGUUUAUCUUGACCUUCGUUUAUACAAAGCCCGUCGUGGUCUCCUGACCGACCGACCGGCCGCACACUGACACCAUGAGACCGGCGCUGUCGCUCGUCGCCCUCGCGGCCUCGGCCAUGGCUGCCCACAUCCCCAUCAGGGGUGAGCGCGGCCUUGCCGACAGGUCGGACGGCUACGGCCAUCACAAGCCCGACGACGCCUACGCGUACGGAGGGGAGAAACAUGACGACAAGAAGCACGGCAACGGGUAUUACGCGCUGCCCCGGCCGGACGGAUAUGGGUACGGCAAGCCCGGCGACGUGUGCAAGUCCGGCAAACCGGACGACCCGUAUGAGAUCGGCAAAAAGCCUACCGGAAAAAAGCCUGACAACUCGAACGAGAGCGAGUCGGGCAGCGACUCGGGUGAGAGCGACUCGGAAGACGAGUCGUCUAAGGACCCAAAGUAUCCCGACCAGGAUGACAAGUCCGGCGACAAGUUCAAGGAUGGCAACUAUGCCGACAAGUACGACGACAAGUUCAAGGAUGGCAAGUACGACGACAAGCACGACGACAAGUACGGCGAGUCGGACAGCGGCUCGGGCGAGAGCGACUCGGAAGACGAGUCGUCUAAGGACCCCAAGUAUCACGACCAGGAUAACAAGCACGACGACAAGUAUGGCGACAAGCACGACGACAAGCAUGGCGACAAGCACGACGACAAGCACGACGACAAGCACGACGACAAGCACGACGACAAGCACGACGACAAGCACGACGACAAGCACGACGACAAGCACGAAGACAAGCACGAAGACCUGAAGCGUGAUCUUAGUGAUAAGCACGAGGACUCCUACGGCAAGGAUGACAAGAAGGAUGGGGACUCCUAUGGCAAGGACGACAAGAAGGACGACAAGGAGGACUCUUACGGCAAGGACGAUAAGAAGGACGACAAGGAGGACUCCUACGGCAAGGACGACAAGGACGACAAGGAGGACUCCUACGGCAAGGACGAUAAGAAGGAAGAGGACUCCUAUGGCAAGGACGAUAAGAAGGAAGAGGACUCCUAUGGCAAGGACGAUAAGAAGGACGACAAGAAGGACGAGGACUCCUACGGCAAGGACGAUAAGAAGGACGACAAGAAGGACGAGGACUCCUACGGCAAGGACGACAAGAAGGACGACAAGGAGGACCCCUACGGCAAGGACGACAAGAAGGACGACAAGGAGGACCCCUACGGCAAGGACAAUAAGAAGGACGACAAGGAGGACUCCUAUGGUAAGGACGAUAAGAAGGACGACAAGGAGGACUCCUACGGCAAGGACGAUAAGAAGGACUCCUACGGUAAGGACGAUAAGAAAGACGACAAGAAGGAUGACAAGAAGGAUGAGGACUCCUACGACAAGGACGACAAGAAGGACUCCUACGGCAAGGAUGACAAGCAAAAGGAUGACAAGGACUUGUAUAGUGGAAAGAAGGACUCGUACAAGGACGACAAGAAGGAACACGAAAAGGAGGACUCUAAAGGCGAAGAAUCGGGCUCAGAAGAAGAAGAAUCGGGCUCUGAAGACGAAAAGGGCUUGUUAGGAGACGAUUUCGACAUUUUUAAUGAUGACGCGGAAGAGUCUGAAGACAAGAAGAAAAAAUCGGAAAAGGACGACAAGAAGAAACACGAAAAGGAGGACUCUGAAGUCGAAGAAUCGGGCUCUGAAGACGAAAAGGGCUUGUUAGGAGACGAUUUCGACAUUUUUAAUGAUGACGGGGAAGAGUCUGAAGACAAGGAGAAAAAAUCGGAAAGGGACGACAAGAAAGGCAAAAAGGAGGGCUCUGAAGACGAAGAAUCGGGCUCAGAAGAAUCGGGCUCCGAAGACGAAAAGGGCUUGUUAGGAGACGAUCUAAACAUCUUUGACGAAGACGAUAUCGACAUUUUCAGUGAUAAUGGGAAAGAGUCUAAAGACGGGGAAGAGUCUGAAAAUGAGAAGAAAAAAUCAGAAAAGAACGAUAAGAAGGACAAGUAUAAGGACGACAAAAAUAAGGACGUGUAUAAGGACGACAAGAAGGAUACCUUUAAGGACGAUAAGAAGGACAAGUAUAAGGACGACAAGAAAGAAGACAAGGAGGGCUCUUCCGAAGAUGAAGAAGGGGGCUCUUCUGAAGACGAAAAGGGCUUGUUCGGAGACGAUCUAGACCUCUUCGGCGAUGACGAUUUCGACCUUUUUAAUGAUGAUGACGAAAAGUCUGAAGACGAGAAGUCUAAAAAGGACAAGAAGAAGGACUCGAACAAGGACGACAAGAAGGAUAUAUAUAAGGACGAUAAGAAGGACAAGUAUAAGGAUGAUAAGAAGGAUAAGUAUAAGGACGAUAAGAAAGACAAGGAGGAAAAGGAGGACUCUUCCGAAGAUGAGAAGGGGAGCGCUUCCGAAGAUGAGAAGGGGAGCGCUUCCGAAGACGAAGAGUCCGAUGGCUUGUUUGGAGAUGACAAGGAAGAAUCGGGCGAGGAGGACGAGUCGAAAGACGAUGCUUGGCUUGAGCUGCGAAGCCUGAAUGACAGGACAUACGACGACGACGACGGCGACGACGACGAAUACGGAUAUGGGGAGGAUGAGUCGCCGGAGGAGGACUACGAAACCGUUACGACUGAGGUCAUCGCGACUUAUACCACCGUCUGCCCUGUCACCGAGACUUACACUAAGCCCGGCCACACCUACACUUCUACCUACACCACGACUAGCACGGUUAAAACGGCGGUCCCCACGACCAUCGUCAUCACCAAGACCGAGCCCCCAGUCACCAAGACGGCCGGUGAGGUUGUUUAUUCCACCCGCACUAAACUCCACCCGGUCACGGAGACCAAGGUAGUCGGCGGCUCCACGGUUGAGAUCACCUGGACCUCGACCUCCACCGUCGUCACGAAGGUCAGGCAGACCGAGACCAUCUAUACGACUUCUGUCGCGACCGAGUACGAGACGACUGAUGUCUACACGACGAUCUCCUGCCCGGUCACCACUUACACCACGGUGAGCAAGGGCUCCACCAUCGAGGUCACAAAGACGAACACUUUCACCGUGACCAACACCGUGCCGCACCAUAAACCCCACCAUACGCCGUCCAAGAACGCGACGACCUCGUCCUACCCUACGUACGCCCCGCCGCCCAUCGUGACCGCGGGUGCCGACAGCUUGGUCGUCAACGGCGGCAAGGCCGUCGCCCUUCUGGCGGGCAUGUUUGGCGCUGUUGUUCUCUUCUGAGACGCAGCAGGUCUGGAACACACUCACUUUCUCUCUUUUUUUCCUUUUUCUUUUCCCUCUUUGGCGUUUUCUUGAUUCACUUCUACACCCCAGGCCAUCCUGUCCCUACUCGCUAGGUAUGGCAGCUUGUGGAGAGGCAGGGGAGGGGUUGCUUAACAAAAAACACGCGCGCGAGAGCUGUCUUUUGUUAUCAAAGCGGUGAGCGAUGACGAGCGAGCGAGCUGGGCGACACUCCUUUUUGGUGCGAUGGGAAAAAAAAAACACCUUGGUAAUUGUGGUUUCAGUUUUGUGUUGCGGGCCAUGUGCAAAACAGGGGUCACGGGUGGUUCAGCCGUCAUGAGAUUGCAGUAAAUCCUUGAUGGAGAAGAACCAUGCUCGAACCUGUUGGCGGUGGUUUGACAAUCUCUCCUCUUGUGGCUCUUCAAGAGGAGAGGCUAAUGCUAUUUAUUUAUUUAUUUUUAUUUAUUUUUUAUUUAUUUAUUUUUUUUGGGGAAAGCUUUAUGUAUAGUACAUAAUAUGACAGUGUUUUCUCAUUAUAA